AUGCCCACUUCCCCAGCUAUUACGGGUCUAAAAAAUCGCAAUCGAUCGAAUAUACAAAUGAAUGACGAUCGACGCGCCUUGUUUGUUACCUCGCUCGUGCAGAUGGCGGUGAUCUGCGCUUCUAGGUCUGUAUCUCUGGAGCACGAGGAGAUCCCGCACCCCGGGCAUAUAAAUACGGCUUCCAACCCCUUUCCUCCGGGAGGAAGCAUCAAAACUAUCCCUCAAUCCAAUAUUUCGUACAUCGCGGCUCAGUUAUACCAUCUACUUCUAGCUUCACAUCCCUUCAGUAACCAUGAAGUUCACCCUCCUCGCUACUCUUGGCCUCAUCGGCACUGUGUUUGCCCUGGUAUGAAUAUAUCAGACCCUUAUGUCCAUAAUUCCUAUUACCCCCAACAACGCAAGCUGACUUCUUUCAAGAUCCCUAAUGGAGGGAAAUGCAAACAAGAUGGGAGCACGGGCUACUGCGAGAGCGGAUACUGCGAGCAACUUCCAAAGGAGGAAACCGGCGUAUGCAAGGACCUGAAGCGCUGA